CAUAAAAGAGUAAAGUCGAGCAAUUUUGGAGUGUAAACAUUUUAUUAUUAAGUAAACAGACAAGAACCGACGACAUGUAGAGAUUUUGUCGAUGUGCAGUACCAGGGUGUGUUUCUUCAGUUACGUUUUGAUACUAAAAGUUUCCUUGAAAUUCAAGACGUUGUGCAGGACAGAUGGACCGAGAGCUUCCUGUCAGUAGUGAAGAGGAGGGUGAUGAUCUGCCUAGUCUGAAGACCCCUGAGUCACCCAGUGGUAGCCCUCCUGGACCUGGAAACCUGGCUGAAAUAAUGGAGAUGGCAAGGAAUGUUUCAAACUUGAGUAUUGCCCAUGAGAUUGUGAUUAACCACAAUUUUCAUUUUAAACAGAGGAAGCCUCCUACUGACAGUUUCGAAGAAAGGGUGAUGGAAAUCAUGCACAGGGCAUUCUGGGAUAGCUUGGAGGCUCAACUAGCUUGCAAUCCUCCUGACUACACUAAUGCCAUCCGCUUGCUUCAGGAGGUUAAAGAGACACUUCUAUCGUUAUUGCUUCCUGCCCAUACCCAGCUGCGCUGCCAGAUCAAUGAAGUUCUAGACAUGGACCUCAUUAAGCAGCAGGCCAAGCAUGGUGCCUUGGACUUGAAGCGACUCUCUAGUUAUAUCACUGCUACCAUGGCAAGCCUGUGUGCCCCUGUCCGGGAUGAGGAGAUCAAGAGGCUGAAAGAAUUGACUGACAUUGUCUCCUUGCUCAGGGAGACCCUGCGAGUCCUGAAUUUGAUGAAAAUGGACAUGGUCAACUUCACCAUUCAGGCUUUCCGUCCAACCCUUCUGCAGAAUGCUGUUCAGUAUGAACGGGCAAAGUUCCAAGAAAUCAUUGACAAACAGCCUGGAGCUUUGGAGCACACUACCGUGUGGUUAAAAGAAGCACUGGAAGACAUUAGGAGCCAAAGUAACAAUGGAGAGAGUCUUCCCAAAACCAUCAGCCCCAUGGCAGUCCUAAACCGGGCCUAUCUUAGCCUUCUCAAACAUAACUCCAAGAGUCAGGUCUAUCCUGAGACUGUACGAAUGGACCAAAGCCGCAUGGAGGAAAUCAAGUGGCGCAUAGAGCAGGCAAUUCUGAUGGCCUCUGUGUUACUGGUGACCAGUAAUAAUUGUUGGGGGGGCAUCUUUUUACUGCCAGAGUUUGUAAGUAAACUCAAGCAGGUCAUUGUUGCUCUCCUACAGGGCAGCCACCUCAGAUCUUUUGAUCUGCAGGCGGCGCUGUCAGCAAUAGGAGAGCAAGUGGUCCUUCAGGUGAACCAAACCCUCUGUGACCAGGGGAAGGAGGCCAUGAACACACAGCAAGCCAGCCUUCUUUGUGGACAGAUCAGCGACAUUGCCAAAGAGAACAACCCCGUCCGGACACUGAUUGGUUCCCGGAUUCAGUCUGUUCUGCACACUUUCCUCGGAUCAGCUGCAUACAAGGAUGGCGUUCCUCUUCCUGGUGGGCUCUCGCCAGUUUCCACAGAGCUGGCAGAAAUUGGAAGAUCCCUUGGCCAGCUCGUUCAGUACAACCGCCUUGUGUUUGGGCCGUACUAUUCUGCCAUUCUGAGAGAAAUUCUGAUCCCACAGAGUGAAGUGGACUCUGCAGAGGGGUCCCGCUAACGCCUAAUGGGUGGGACUGACUAGGAGGGAAACGGGCAAAUGUAACUUCCUCUAAGUCCUGAGCUUGGCAUGUAGAUAGACAUUUGUAAAUCGCAUUAUAUAAUCUGUAAAUAGCAAGAAAAAGGAAAACUUUAAAAGUAAAUUUUGUAUUUGUAACAGA